GUAUUAUACUAGUGUGUAGUGACCAACAAUGAUUUGACCAAUCAUAAUUACUGUCAGUCUGAGUGUUGUAUAGAUCUAUAUAGAGUUGGUGAGAAGCUACUCUAAACAAGAAUCAGGUACGUAUGAUCAGGAGUACAUUGGUCUGAUCCACCCCUAUUUGAAAUUGAGCCGUCACCAUUAUGAGGUGAUCAUCAUUGGCACUUGAAGUUGAGAGUUGUUACUAUCACUAAAGCUGUGGCUGCUACUGAUCGUAUGCAAGCCUUGAGUAAGCUAUAUAUAGUGAGGUUACGGAGACAUUGGAAGCAAGUCACUGCCUGAAAUGAGUGACGACCUUGCUGAACAACUCUACUGGGCUAGUCGUGAUGGUCAUGACCAAAAAGUACUUGAGCUGCUACAGAGAGGAGCUCCACCCAACAGUGACUACUACACUAGAGAGCAGCUUGGACUCACUCCACUACACAAGGCAUAUGUUUACAACCAUUUCCGCAGUGCAGAACUACUCAUCAAGUUUGGAGCGAUUGUAACUGCUUCAGAUAAAAAUGGCUACACCCCCUUACACUGGGCAUGUCUCUACAACAAGAAGGACACUGCUAAGCGGUUACUGGAGCACCACUGUCCCACAGAUAUCAAGAGCAGUAGAGGACAGACUGCUGCUGGUGUGGCCAGAGAUGAGGGGUACCAUGCCUUGGCUGAUUAUGUGGAGGGGUUCCAGCCUGGGCCUAGAGAUCCUUUGUCCUCGUACCCAACACUGGAACAGCUGAGUCAGCUGGAGUGUGACCAAUGGCUUCAACUUGGUGUUCGCUUGGGAUUGGGCAAUGACCAACUGGAAACCAUAAAAAAGAGCCAACAUCCCACAGCAGCAACUCUCCAGGCAGCCAAAAUCAUGAAUAUUGACAUGCAGUGGAAGAAUAUUGUGGAAGCUCUAGUGAGCAUUGGAAAGUGCAAGUUGGCAGAGAGUGUGUGCACUCAGCAAGGGGAAGGUGAGAGUGCUCUGUCAGUGAGUGCAUUCUAUGGCUGGCUAGACUGUGUCAAGCGUCUCGUGGAAACUUUGGGUCUCAAUCCAAAAGAUGAAAAUGGUGUCCUCUUGCUAGCAGUAAAGAAUGAGCGACAUUCAACAGUGGAGUUUUUUCUGGCAGAAUGUCGUUGUGAUCCGAAUGUGACCGACAAAGAAGGCAAGACACCUCUCAAUCUGGCCAACGACCCUAAGAUGAUAAAGCUGCUCUUGAAACACGGAGCCAAGGCUACUAAUGUCUACAAGAAACAUAGCAAGCUCAUCGGAAAGCUUUCCUCCGAGCGACCCCCACACCUUCCUCUGUCUGUGCUUAUCAUUGGCGAUGGUGGCGUGGGGAAGAGCACUCUGUUGAAGUCCAUUCUGAGCCCAAAAGGGUUUUGGUCUCUAUUCCAGAAGGCAAGACCAGUAGAUGACGUCGAUGCAAAGACAGUGGGGAUCAUACCGUACGAAAUAUACACCAAAGAGUUUGGAAGAAUCAUCUACUUUGAUUUUGCUGGGCAGAAAGAGUUUUACACAAGCCACUGUGCAAUUCUGGAGAAUGCUGUUCAAACCUCACCACCCAUCAUUAUCCUCUGUGCUAAGCUUGUAGAAAAUGAGCAGGCGAUUAUUGAUUCUAUGUAUCGUUGGUUGACCCUCGUCCAAAACCAGUGCACCAAUCUGAAAGGCAGAGCACACGUGAUAGUAGUUGGUAGCCAUGCCGACCAGGUGAAGGAAAUUGGAAAAGAUCCGCAGGCCAAAGAGGGCAUCUUUGCGCCCAUUAUCAAGCAAUUCCCAAAGUUUGAGUUCAAAGAGUUCAUUCCAAUGGAUUGCCGCUUUGCUGAUUCGAAUGAUAUGACAAAAGCAAGAAAACAGAUUCAGAAAAGCUCAGCUCUUCUCCGCUCUUCAGAAACCAUCAGCCUGAAUGCUCACACCUUUUACAUCUACCUUGCCGAAAGCUUCAAAGACAACCUUGCUUUGUCGUUGGGAAAUGUCUACGAAAGAAUUAAGAGCGAUCUUAACGAGGAUCUGUCAAAACGCACCCAAGAUAUUCUUUCUUUCAUACCCAGCACCGUCCCUCACCUUGUAGAGAUCUGUGCCCAGCUGCAUAAAAGAGGUCUCCUCUUGUUUCUCCGCAAUGACAGCUCUCCAGAGAAGUCUUUCUUAGUGAUUGACCAACCAACGCUUCUGUCCAGAGUCACUGGGACGGUGUUUGCUCCUGAAGGUUUCCGCCAGCACUGUAAGCUAGCUUCAAGCACUGGUGUGGUGCCUUUGUCGAAAUUCAAAAAAGAAUUUGAUAGCUUCGACAUAGAGAUGCUGAUUGCCUACAUGUCUCAUUUAGAGCUGUGUUUCGAAAUUUUAGAUGAGCAAGUUUUAGACAUCAUUGCUUCUUCCACUGACAGAGAUACUUCUGUUCCUGAGUCUGACACUCGAUACCUCUUCUUUCCAGGGCUCAUUCGAAUCGAAACUCCAGAGCGAGUUUGGAAAGACGCUCAAAGUAUCAAGUACCACUUUGGUUGGAUACUUGAAACAUCUCAAAAAACCGAGUUUUUUGAUCCUCGUUGCCUUCAGGUCCUCAUUCUGAGGAUAGUGUUCACAUUCCGCCUUGCCCCUGCCAGUAACAUAAUGCAUGAUGUCCCUUCACUACAAAAAUUCUGCUCUGUGUGGAAGAGUGGGAUCUGCUGGUGCAACGAUGAUGGGAUCACCGCACACCUCGAGCUUGCGGAAAAUGGCCGAUCUCUUGCUCUCAAAAUGCGCUCAGACACAGUUCGACCUGAAGGUCUGAUUCAUCGCUCCAGAAUUAUGAGCACAAUCCGUGAGACUGUUGAAAGUUUUGGCCGCAAUGUGAAUGUGAUUGAAUCAGUGUUCGGUCCAGAUGAAGUUGUCAAGCAUCCUCUGAAAAAUCCCUCUGACCUCCCAUUGGUCAACAUCAAAGAUAUUGCAGCAGCUGUCUCCUCCAACAGAGGCACAAUAAAAUCAACACAACAAGUUGCCUUUGCCUUCAAGUACCUCUUACAGUUUGAGCCGUACGCUGGCCUGGAUCAAACCACCAUACAGUGUAUCCACAGUGACAAGAAUGCCAAGAAAAAUAAGAAAAUCUCCAAAGCUUUCAUUUCAUAUUAUGCCAGCCAAAUUUCCGACCCGGACAUUGAAGAACAGGAUCAAGUAGUUCAAAACAGUCGCAUGUACAGAAGAAUCCUGAGCCCUUCUAUUGUCAAAAUUCCACCUGUAAGUCCCAGACAGGAGGUGGUUCAGGCCCUUGAGACAUGGAGGAGUGAGACUGAGGGAACUUACAGCUGUCUGAGGGAGACUCUCAACAAGUACAGCGUCUUCACUGGGAGAAACCCUCUGGACCUAGCGGGUGUGGCUCACAGCGAGGUUGAUCUCUCUGUAUUCCCAGAACCUCCUGCUACAGAUGAUACAGGAAAAGACUUGCUACCACUAGAUAAAGUGAAGAAUGCAGUCAUUGCAAUCACUGCUGACUGGUACAGUUUGGCAAUACAGCUGGAUAUUGACUACAAAACUAGAAAGGUCAUUGAGCAUGACCACCCAUCGGCAGAAACUGGGUUCCAUGCCAUGUUGCAGCACUGGGUGAGGAGACCCUCCCCUCCCCCCUCCUGGUUGGCCCUCAUUAGAGCACUAAAGUGCCUUGUCAUCAAUCGAGCAGACAUUGCAGCAGACAUGGAGAAACAUCAGGAUGUGUUGGGAGUAUCUAGAGAUGGUGAAUCAUCCAUUCCCUCUCAGGAUCAGCAAAAAGUAUUUGUCCAAAAAGAGCCACUCAGUGUGGACCAGCACUUGAAGGUGGUGAGAGAGACCACCUGGGAAGCAAGAGCCAAAUGGAAGUGUCUGGGAGAACAGUUGGGAGUUACCAUGGGGAAAUUAGAGGAGAUUCAGCACAAUCGUCAUCAUGUAGCUGGAGCUUGUUUAACUGGCGUGCUGGAACACUGGUUGACCCAGACCGACUCUCCCCCCUCCUGGUCCGCUCUCAUUGAAGCUCUCAGAUCCCCUGCUCUUGGUCGGGGGGACAUUGCCAGUGAGAUUGAGACUAUAGGAUCACUAUACAUAGACAAGUUGACACAUGAAUUGUCCAAACAAUAACUGCACGUCUUAGUAUUAUUUUAUAUAGUUCCUCAGACUUGAACACAUGGAUGCAAACACUGUAUAAUUAUAGUGUAUAGUGAUUGGUAUAGUGUAUAUAGUGAUUGUUACUUUUUAUGCAUGUGGUGUUCAUGACAAUAAUAAUUAUUAUACGUACAUACAUGAA